AUGCGUCCUCUCCACGCCAUCCUUCUCUUUUUCACGGUAGCACAGCCGUCAGUAGCAUGGCUUUUACAGUACUUCGCCACUAAGACAGUUCUUCCUCUGCUCUCCGGGGGAAGUACCACCUCUCUUGCCCCCCUCAUAACAACUGCCCCCCUAACAAUUUCACCAACAUCCACCUCCACCUCUUACAGCACAGACUACGUCUUUGGAAAUGGAUAUGGUGGGGGUGGCUUUAAUGAAGCUAGAAUCAAUGUAACAGUCGAAUUACUCGUUCUACCAAAUGUUACCAAUCUCCCCGUCUCCGACUUCCACAUCUGGGAUCCUCCCGUUGAAACUGCCACCGCGAGCCCGACCAUAGAGUCUUAUUACUAUGCUCCCGUCACGCUUAGCAAUCCUGCCUCGUGCACCCAGACGACUUUCACCUACACAGACUCAGUUGCCAUCUCGUUGCCCGACACCUACGUUGCCCAGGCCACCGCUACGAGCAUCGCGACGUACGUCACGACCUACGUAUCAACCAUCAGCACCAACCUCGGCGGACAAGCCGUGACUACCUCGAGGUGUGAUGUGUAUUUCAAUAGCGAGGCCAUUCCAUCCGCCGAAAUUCUUGACGCCGACCACUAUCUUACUGAGUGUGUUGACCCGCGCCGCUCCACUUGCAGCGCGGGAGAGAACCAGGAGGCUACGGGCUCAGGUGGCUGCAGAGGAGUUUAUCCUCCUACUAGGGCUGCUGUUUCAGACCCAACUUCUACUUCGGCUGAUGGUUCGUCAGCGCAGCCUACCAAGUCGGGCGGUGCUGCUAGCUUCAAGGGAUCAGUGGGCUCGUUGAGCUGCCUCGUUUCUGUUUGGGGUUUGUACCUCAUCCUCUGA